UAUCAUUGGGGGCGGGGGAACAAUGAUUGGUCAAACUCUAACGUCUACGCUACAUUUGUGCCAGGCUGUUUAAAUAGUAAAGCAACGAAUUGUUUCUCGGGUAAUAAACAAUGUCAGCGCAGCUAUCAAAAAUUUAAUAUAAGUUUGUAAAUAAUAAAACGCUUUGAAACAGACUUAUCUUUAAGAACAGUGCGGGAUGUGUAUUACAUAUAGUCAGUGUUUCCCAGAAAACCGAUGUGAAUAUUAAAUCUAAGUUCAAAGUUUGCCUAGUCAAUCAUCGGUUACCGUGAAGUCUUGAUUCCGUUAAAACGUGGUUGAUUAUCUGCAAGCUUUAAUGCAAAAGGUCAUGAAUACGGCACUUUUAUUCGCACUGCUGUUUGCUGUGUCACGUGGAGUAACAGCUGAUCUGAGUGAUGCCCCUGAAACAGAGAACAAAAAGCAGAAUGACCUGUUAGCGGCAGCGGCGAUCGUGGCUGGGUCGUCGGUUUCCUCCCGGAGCUCCGAGGAACACGGUGAGGCGCCUUCUCACUCGGGCGCGAGGAACCUGCCCUCCCAGCAUGUGCCAGGGGAGCAGGUUCCUGUGACGUUGGGGGGUACGGGUGACGGCGACCCUUGCCGGUUCCCCUUCCUGUUUUUGGGGAGGGAGUAUUCUGACUGCACCGCCGAUGGCCGUAGCGACGGGCGGCUGUGGUGUGCUACCACCUACGACUAUGACAGCGACAAGAAAUGGGGCUUUUGUGAAACCCAGGAGCAAGCAGAGCAGCGACUCCGUGUAGCGAAGGCAGAAGAGGUCUACCAGGAAGCCCUGAAGAUCGACAGGAGCAGCCAGGGGAAUGAAGGGUAUGAGAUGUUGGUAACGGCGGCCCACAUGGGCCACACCAAGGCCACGGAGAAGGUGGCCUCCACCAUGUUGCUUGGGGAAUACUUGGCGCAGAACAUCUCACAGGCCAAGGUCAUGUUUGAGAAGCUGGUCCUGGAGGGUUCCCCCAAAGCCCAAAUGGCUCUUGGAUUUAUGUAUGCUGCUGGUCUAGGGGUCAACUCCAGCCAGUCAAAGGCUCUGGUCUACUACACCUUCGCAGCCUUGGGUGGGAACCUCGCAGCCCACAUGGCUCUGGGGUACAGAUACUGGGCGGGGAUUGGGGUGUCCCAGAGCUGUGAAUCUGCCUUGACUCACUACAGUGUGGUGUCAAAACACGUGGCUAGUGAGGUGUCUCUGACCGGUGGCAGAGCGGUGCAGCGGAUUCGUUUGUUGGAUGAGCUGGACCAGCCCGGGACAUCCAGCGGGAUGGAGGAGGACCUUGUCCAGUACUACGAGUACCUGGCAGAGAAGGGGGACGUGCAGGCCCAGGUGGGUCUGGGGCAGGUGCACCUGCAUGGAGGACGAGGGGUGGAGCAGAAUCAUGAGAGGGCCUUUAAGUAUUUCAGCCAGGCAGCGAGAGCUGGGAAUGGUCACGCCAUGGCGUUCCUGGGAAAGAUGUACACAGAAGGUAGCAGUGUGACCCCCCAGAACAAUGAGACUGCCCUGCGCUACUUUAAGAAGGCAGCUGAGCUUGGCGACCCAGUGGGGCAGAGCGGGCUCGGCAUGGCUUAUCUGCACGGCAGGGGCGUGCCUGUGGACUUCGACGUGGCGCUGCAGUACUUCCAGAAGGCUGCAGAGCAGGGCUGUGUAGAUGGACAGCUGCAGCUGGGUACUAUGUACUACAAUGGCCUUGGUAUGGAGCAGGACUACAAGCAGGCGUUGAAGUACUUUACUUCGGCGUCGCAAGCUGGUCACACGCUGGCGUUCCACAGCCUGGCUGAGAUGCACGCCACGGGCACCGGGGUCAUGCGUUCCUGUCACACGGCUGUGGAGCUGUUUAAGAAUGUGUGUGAGCGCGGCCGAUGGGCAAACAGGCUCAUGGUGGCUUACAGGAACUUCAAGGAGGGCAAUGUGGAUGCUGCAGUGGCACAGUACCUGCUGCUGGCCGAGCAGGGUUACGAGAUCGCCCAGAGCAACGCGGCCUUUAUUUUCGAACAAAGACAAACAAAGCUUUUUCCUGAGAGUGAGAUGUCCCCACGAGCCUUGUUGUACUGGAGCAGAGCUGCCAAUCAGGGCUACACGGUGGCCAGGAUAAAAGUGGGGGAUUACCACUACUACGGGUCCGGAACAGAGACGGAUUACGAGACGGCAGCCAGGCACUACCGGCUGGCCUCUGAGCAGCAACACAGUGCCCAGGCCAUGUUCAACCUGGGCUACAUGCACGAGGCUGGCCUGGGUGUCAAGCAGGAUGUCUACCUGGCCAAACGCUUCUACGACAUGGCAGGAGAGGCCAGCGCCGAUGCCCAGGUGCCCGUCUACCUGGCACUAAGCAAGCUGACGCUCCUGAAUCACCUGAAUUACCUGCAGGGACUAGAUGUGAAGGAGCUCUUGUCUUGGGUGGAAUUGGAUGAGCUGUUGGGUCCGGAAUGGGACCUUUACAUCAUGACUGUUCUAGCCCUGCUCCUGGGAACCAUCAUCGCUUACCGCCAGGGGCAGCACCUGGCUGGCAUGAGGCUUGCGGUCCAGCCCGGGGUCCCUCCUGACCAGCCCCAGGAGGGGGUCCGGCGUCAGCCUUAGCCCUGAGGAACCUUGAACUUUCAUUUUGUCAGUGUGGAGCGUGCAGUGGAACACUGGAUCUUCCUAUCAAAUAACUGGAGAUUUUCAGAACAUAUCUCCAGGGUUUUUGGACCUGUCUGCUUCUUGACUCCUCUUGGGAAUAGACUUAUGACAAAGGCUUGUGCUGUCCACUCCACAGCUACUCAUCGUAAUACAUGUGAGAUCCAUGGAUUUGAAGUAGACAUCAAGUAUUAGUACAUGGUCCUGUCCUGAGGGACAGAUCAAAUUUGUGUUUUUGCUGUUGAACAGUAUGGUUCUCAUAUUCUAUGAGAUCACCUUACAAUACUUCCUAAAUUGAUGGCAUUGUCUUUAUCUUUGCACCCUUCAACCUUUCACCAAGAGGGGCAGGACCAGUGGUCUGAUGCGUUUUAUUAGCUCGGCAAGAGACAGAUUGGCCACAUGGGUUUCUGAAAGCUUUUUGUGCCAAGUGCCCCAUUGGGGGAAGAUCAUCUUGCCUCUAAGUAAUUGAAAUAACACUGAGUGAUGGCAAUCCAGGUUAGUUAAUUCAUGUUCUUGUAUCAACAGCUGGUACCAGACUAGUGGUCCAGUGUGUACGAUGGAACUUGUCAUAACUAGUGCUGGGAAUUUGAGAAAUAAAUGUUAUAUUCCACUGUGGUGUUUACAGGUCACUGAGGGAAAAGUCUCGUCAAGUUCACUGUCUAAUUUGUGCUGCAGAGAUUUACAGCACUUGGUGAGGUGCAUUAUGGGAAGGGUUUUGUUUGAAUUCUCAUAUUGUACUUCUGAGAGAAAUGGAUGUUGGUUCCGGUUGUUAAAUUCCUCACUGCCGCUUUUUAAAGAACAUGGUUUAGGAAGACGUACAUACUGUAAGCUUUAUAACUAAUGGACUGCGCACUCAUUUUGAUUGGAGUACUUUUUAUGAUAUUUUAAAUGCUAAUAUGGGCUCAAGUACAUUUUCUGGAAUUUUCUUGAUGUGAAAACUUCAGUGAUAAUUUAAGUGGUCUGUUCAUGGACUGUGUGUUUCAGCACUCCCACUUGUAUUUUGGGAACUUCCUCGUUUCGACUCUGAGUUGCUGUUACUUUCGAACAUGAAACUAAUAAAGCACAACAAGCCA